GAAACCGCGCUCGAACUACCGGCGCCCGGCACUUGCCCUUCAACUUCUCGUACGAUCCACGUAAACAAUGCGCUGAAAUGUCCCAUCUCUAAGAAGAUUUCCGUAUUGCAUGUGAAUUAACUUAUGUGAAGAAUUUGAUAGUUUUAUAGUAGCCGGUAAUUAAAGUUUUCCGAGACUAUAAUAGACAAUUUAAUAGACGUAGUGAUUAAUCAGUAUUUAAGGAACGAUGCAGUGCUAUCCUAAGUUGUCCCCGAAGCGCGAGCCGAUGGACAUAGUAUACGAAUCGGAGAUGCUGCCUGGAGCGAGGAGGCUGGAGCUGCCGGCGCCCCCGGGCAAGGAGUUCCGCGCUCCCGUGCUGCUGGCGGCGCCCAGCAUGGCGCCCACGCACUCUGUCAUCCAGUGCAUGCGUCCGCCGCCGCCGCCACCACCGCCGCCGCCGCCGCGUCUCCACAAGCCCCCGUCCUUCGAGGAACCAUCCAGCUCCAUUCCAGAUUUAGAGUUUGACGGCACUACGGUGCUUUGCCGCGUUUGCGGUGAUAAAGCUAGUGGAUUUCAUUACGGCGUGCAUUCCUGUGAAGGUUGCAAGGGUUUCUUCAGGCGGUCUAUCCAACAGAAGAUCCAAUAUAGACCCUGCACGAAAAAUCAACAGUGCUCAAUCCUCCGGAUCAACAGAAAUCGGUGCCAGUACUGCCGAUUGAAAAAAUGCAUCGCAGUAGGCAUGAGCAGAGAUGCCGUGCGGUUCGGACGUGUUCCAAAACGCGAGAAAGCGCGCAUCCUUGCAGCGAUGCAGCAGUCCUCUACGUCACGAGCAAAUGAGCAGGCUGCGGCCGCAGAGCUCGAUGAUGCUCCGAGAUUGCUGGCGCGAGUGGUGCGCGCUCACCUCGACACCUGCGAGUUCACGCGAGAUCGUGUCGCCGCUAUGCGCGCACGUGCUCGCGACUGUCCCACCUACUCGCAACCCACUCUGGCUUGCCCGCUAAACCCGGCGCCAGAGCUACAGUCUGAGAAGGAAUUCUCUCAGCGAUUUGCACACGUUAUUCGUGGCGUAAUAGACUUCGCUGGCCUCAUCCCAGGCUUCCAGCUUCUUACGCAGGAUGACAAGUUUACGCUGCUCAAAAGUGGACUAUUUGAUGCGUUGUUUGUGCGGCUAAUCUGUAUGUUUGACGCGCCACUCAAUAGUAUAAUUUGUCUAAACGGCCAAGUCAUGAAACGGGACUCCAUACAAAGUGGCGCCAAUGCAAGGUUCCUUGUGGAUUCUACUUUUAAAUUCGCCGAACGCAUGAACUCUAUGAACUUAACAGAUGCAGAAAUCGGUCUAUUCUGCGCUAUAGUGCUCAUCACUCCGGACAGGCCGGGACUUCGCAAUGUAGAACUCGUGGAAAGAAUGCAUGCGCGUCUGAAGGCAUGCCUGCAAACUGUGGUCGCCCAGAACAGACCUGACCGACCAGGUUUCCUCAGAGAACUAAUGGACACCCUCCCCGACCUCCGCACUCUCAGCACACUUCAUACUGAGAAGCUAGUAGUUUUCCGAACUGAACACAAGGAAUUACUACGACAGCAGAUGUGGACCGAUGAAGAGGGUGUGAUGUCAUGGGGAGAUUCCGGCGCCGACGAGUCAGCACGCAGCCCCAUUGGGUCUGUGUCCAGCAGCGAAUCCGGCGAAGCUGUCGGAGACUGUGGCACGCCUCUUCUGGCCGCUACCCUGGCCGGACGCCGGCGACUCGACUCUCGUGGAUCCGUAGAUGAAGAAGCACUCGGCGUGGCACAUCUAGCUCACAACGGACUCACUGUAACCCCAGUCCGCCCGCCUCCACGAUACCGUAAACUUGAUUCGCCAACUGAUUCUGGCAUCGAGUCCGGAAAUGAGAAGCACGAAAGGAUAGUCGGCCCCGGAUCAGGAUGCUCAAGCCCGCGAUCUUCCCUAGAGGAGCACACGGACGACAGGCGGCCACCUCCCUCAGCCGACGACAUGCCUGUGCUCAAACGCGUGCUAGAAGCGCCACCGCUGUACCACACCACUUCAUUAAUGGACGAGGCGUAUAAACCUCACAAGAAGUUCCGUGCUAUGCGCCGUGACACCGGCGAGGCCGAGGCCCGCGUCGUGCGGCCAGCGCCCUCCACCCAGCCGCCGCAGCAUCCGCACCCCGCCAGCCCGGCGCACCCGGCGCACUCGCCGCGCCCACUGCGCGCCUCGCUGUCCUCCACGCACUCCGUGCUAGCCAAGAGCCUGAUGGAAGGGCCUCGCAUGACACCGGAGCAGCUGAAGCGCACCGAUAUCAUCCAGCAGUACAUGCGGCGCGGCGAGGCGGGCGCGCCCGAGUGCCCCAUGCGCACGGGCGGGCUGCUCACGUGCUACCGCGGCGCCUCGCCCGCGCCGCAGCCCGUCAUGGCGCUGCAGGUGGACGUGUCGGACGCCGACGCGCCGCUCAACCUCUCCAAGAAGUCGCCGUCGCCGCCGCGCUCCUUCAUGCCACAGAUGUUGGAGGCGUGAGAUCGGCCCGCGGAGCCACUUGUCUCCGCCACCCCACCCCGACCUACUUUAAAUUAAAUAAUCUAGUUAAUAGUAAUCGUUCGCAGAUCGUUUUAAUAUAUUAUAUGUGAUAAUUUGAUUAGGACGCGUGAGUGCGUGGCCGGCGCCGGACGAGGAGAGCGCAAUAGACUGAAAAAUAAUUUAAGACUAUAUAAGUGUAAUUUAUAAAUGCAAUGCAGCGCCGGUCGCGGUGUGUUUGUUGUGUGUAUUGUAUGUGCGUAUGUGAGCGUGCUCAGUCAUUUGUUUGUUAAUAUAAUGACAGGUUGUCGAACUAAAAUAAAAGAAUCUUGUAAAAAUUA